AUGGAGUCCCAAAAGGCCCCGAAUCAACCCAAGGCUCCGGGAUACCGGCGUGCGAAGCCUCUACCUUUCGAAUUAGCCCGACAUUGCAAUAUUUACUUCGAAGAAAAAUUGUACCAUCAAGCUCUCCAUCUUCUCCUAAGCCUGCUCUCGUCAAGUACUAUCACAUCUGGCCCUGCUUUCGUACCGACAACCCACCAACUUGCAGUCGCAGCAACUCUGGUUGUUCAUCCCUCCACCACCACUCUAGCAAAAUCGCGGGAGGCUGCAAACGCGUCGAACACCGCUUUGCAACUUUUACGCCUCACCAACAAAUUGGUGGGACCAUUGGCUGCACAAUUUGGUAUUGCAUUUUCUUUUACGCGCUUCUCCUCCACACGCCAUGGGGGUCCGCGUCGCAAAGAUGGUGAUGGUGAGGACACCAGCGGUACAAGCCCAGACUCGGACACGGCCCUUAUCAACAUGGAACUUGCACACCGUGGAUCUCUCUGGUUUCGAUCUGAAGAUUUCUGGUCUGCUGUUGGAUGGGCUUUCAAUUGUUCCGUUCUCUACCCCAAGCGGUGGUCUAGAUGGCGGGUCUGGUUGGAGCUGAUGUGUGAUGUGCUGGAAGAUGACUGGACUGAGAGAGAAAAUAGCUCAAAAAAUGGGGCGAAACUCUCACCUUCCAAUAAUAUUCUCCGCCAGAGUUUAAUUUUUAAAUAUAUCUCGGGCACCUCGGGAGUGUCUGGUCAGCAUCGAAGGAUCGUUCGAGCUAUCUUUGCAGAUGGGAGUCAGGUUUCGCUGAACGAGUUUAAGGAGGUGUUCCGCAACGAAUCAAAGGAUCCAGAAAAGGGCAAGGAUCAUUUGAAAAAACGUGAAGCUGAUGUGAACAUUGACGAGGAUAUAUAUGGAGACUACCUUGGAGGAGACGAGGAUGAAAUUGACGAAGAAAAUGACACUGCUUGUACAAGGAAAACCAGGCAACUUCGUCUAAAACGAUCAAAAACUACGGCUUCAGCUCCAAUGUCGGACUCAGUCGAAGAGCUCAAUAUGCAUCCGUCGUAUAAAGCCCCAGGAAUCACAUAUUCUAACCAAGGGACAACCUUAGGUGACCUGUCAUCCAUUGCUCUUCGACAGCGACUUAUGCAGAUCUUAUCCCGAGUUUCAGAUGCUCUGCCGGAAUAUUAUAUGGCAGUGGAGCAUUUGUAUCAGCUUUUCGUGGAAUUUGUCCGUCCAUUACCCCUCCCUACGUUUCAGCUCCUAGUAUCAUGCUCGAUGUUGUCGAAUUUUACAGAUGACAUGCGAAGCACGUUGUGCAGGAUGGCUCUCUCGCUUUUACUACACCGACCCUCUAAUUCAGAACAGGCGUACAUCAACCAAGCUAUCCUAGAGAAGUAUUAUCUUCCAUAUGCUGCUUACACGAACAACGCUAUCGAAAAUGCCAAAAUAUCUAUCCUCCUAGAGACCCUACUACUUCUACUGGCCUCUAAUGGCAUGCUACAGGCUCGGCAAUCUUUGAGAGAUGCAAUCGAAACGGGAAUUAUGGCUAGAGCUGAUAAAAUGCAGAGUGACGUCAAAAAAACCCAAGAUAAAAUGAAAUUGGAUGAAAUUGGUUGGGCUUGGCUGAUUGCAAGUGGCGAACGAAUGAACUACCUGGUGAACAACUUAUUAUCAUCGGUAAAGGAUGAGCAAACCGUCACUAAAUAA